GACAAGAUACAACCUGAUGACCCAGAUUCCGACUACGGUGACGAAUGCGCGAUUGACAAUGAUGACAGCGCCGACGUGUUUAGCGUCAGCGAGGAGACUUUCUUUCAGCGUAUCGAACCCAAGGUUGGCCUGAACUCGCAUUGCUCUCUUCUUACCCUCUUGUUUAAGCAGAAGACAAACGACAGAGGGGUGGGCAAUGUUGUCCCUCAGUCCACCUCGGCACUCCCUUGGACUCUUCCCAGCCAGCCGGCCCCGCCUACCUUGGCUGGCUCUCCCGACGAUACCGACGGUACUCCGUUGAUGAUGAGCCGCGGUAAGACCUCGGUGCCGCUGAAGUCCAUCACUGAGGCGCCACCGUUCUCCGCUAGGCCUGUCAACGCGAGUAUCAAUAACGAUAAUGCGACUCUUCCCUCCCCCCAAACCACUCGAUGCAACAUGAUCGCAACCGAAGUUGCGGAGUCUGUCCGAAGG